AUGACGCGAUUUCAAAGUGGAGUUCGAACUCCACUCAAUGUUGCGUUGGUUUCGGACUUCUUUUGCCCAAAUGCAGGUGGUGUGGAGACACAUAUAUAUUUUCUAGCAAAAUGUUUGGUGCAGUUGGGGCAUAAAGUGAUAGUAAUAACUCAUGCAUACGGCAAACGACGUGGCAUUCGAUACCUUUCAAAUGGACUUAAAGUCUACUACCUACCGUUCAUUGUCAUGUAUAAUGGCAGUUGUCUCCCCUCAAUUGUUGGUUCAUUGUAUUGGUUUCGAAGAAUAUAUUUAGAAGAACAUAUACAGAUAGUACAUGGUCAUUCUACUUUUUCAACAAUGGCACACGAAGCUAUGAUUCAUGCCUGGUGCUUGGGUUUACGCACAACAUUCACCGAUCAUUCUCUCUUCGGUUUCGCUGAUGCAUCCGCAAUUCUCAUGAAUAAAUUAGUAUUGCAGUAUUCCCUUGUCAACGUGAAUAGAGUUAUUUGUGUUUCGUAUACCAGUAAAGAAAAUACUGUACUGCGAAGUGGUGUUCUUGCAAAUAAAGUUGCAGUUAUUCCUAAUGCUAUUGAUACAGACUUGUUUGUGCCGGAUCCAUUUUUGUUUCGAAAAAAUCCAACAACAGUUAUUGUUCUUUGCAGACUUGUAUAUCGUAAGGGAGCUGAUAUCUUAAUAAGAACUAUACCUCGUGUUUGUUCACUUCAUAAUUCGGUACGAUUUAUUAUUGGAGGUGAUGGACCAAAACGGGUUGACGUAGAAGAAAUGCGCGAAAAAUACCGCUUGCAAGAUCGAGUAAUCAUGCUAGGAACACUUCCUCAUGAUCAGGUGCGCGACGUUCUUGUACAAGGGCAGAUAUUUUUGAACACUUCGCUUACAGAGGCAUUCUGCAUGAGUAUUGUUGAAGCUGCUUCUUGUGGCCUACACGUGGUUUCUACGCGGGUUGGUGGGAUUCCCGAAGUCCUGCCGGAGGAAUUUAUUAUGCUGGUAGAACCAGAACCAAACAAUUUGAGUGACGCUUUACUAAAAGUUAUUGAACUGCGGGAAAAUGGACAGUUGAUCGCACCGGAAGAGAAGCAUGAUGUGAUUUGUCGCAUGUAUCGUUGGCCCGACAUUGCGAAGCGAACUGAAAAAGUCUAUCUCUCAGCGCUACAGUGUCCACAAUUGUCUUGGUUUGAUGGACUUUUAAGUUAUUGCGCUUGUGGAAUUGGAUUCGGUAUAUUAUAUGUUUGGGCAGCUCUGUUAAAUAUGAUCUUCAUCACAAUUCUCAACUACUUUGACCCAAUUCCAUCUACGAAUAACCGAAAAACAGAAAGCAGAUCAUCUCGCUAA